GGUACCCUGAGUAUCUUCGUCGACGUCAUCAGAAGCCCUUCAACCAGAACGAUGAGCAUGUCCAUCAUGUAUGCUGCCCGCUACGCUUCACGUUCUUUCAUUCGGUCCCAGCUCGCACGAAAAGUUUCCUCGAGGACGCUUGUUACUUUGCAGAGCGUAAAGUACACCGCCCAUGCUACUGCACAGGGAGCCGGUCGCAAUGGUACCAACAAAUCUAACGACCUUGAACUCAAUCUCGCGACGCCGAAGGAGUUGGGCGGCACAGGACAGGGCGAGAAUCCCGAACAGUUGUUCGCAAUGGGUUAUUCCUCAUGUCUCUUAGGUGCGAUACAGCUCGUAGCCCGUGGCAUGGGCAAGACCGAGAUGGCAAAGAAUGCCAAAGUGCACGUUAGUGUACAUCUCGGAGAGCCUAAGGAUAUGGAAGGGUUCGGAAUUGGGGUUGACAUCAAAGUGGAGGGUAUUGAUGAUGAGCUGUUGCAAGCUGGCCAUGCGUUCUGCCCUUACAGCCGUGCACUCAAACAUGGGGCUGUCGUCAACGUCUCUACCGCGUAAAAGCGCAUGAAUUUUAACUGUAUUCAUAGUGUACACAGCAAUGAGUGUCCGGGAUUUGCAACGAGGCGCAAUAGAAUCAAUACAAAGCAUGGCAUGACAUACGUUUAUCCAUUCCACCUCGGUGCAUAGUCAGCAAGUCGUUUCUCAAACGCAAUAACUGAACAGUUCACACUAGAGUG